UUAGCACAAUCACUUCGGGUUUUUUUUUUUUCGGCUACUACGGUUUUGUGCUGUUUGACCAAUCCCUCAGCGCGGAUCAUUUCGGGGAGAGAAUUUGGACUCGAUUCGCUUGUGUAGAAAAAUUCCUCAUCCACCCCCACUGACUGUCAGCGACACCGGGAUUUCUUCAUCUUAGAGAACCCCCCUGAACAUAAAAUAAUGGACAGGACGGAUCUGAUCCAGAAGGCCAAGCUGGCGGAGCAGGCUGAGCGCUAUGACGACAUGGCAGACUGCAUGAGGGAGGUGACGGAGAUGGGAGGCGAGCUGUCAAACGAGGAGAGGAACCUGCUCUCUGUCGCUUACAAAAACGUGGUCGGGGCGCGGCGGUCCGCCUGGAGGGUGAUGUCCAGCAUCGGCCUGAAGACCGAGGGCAGCGAGAAGAAGCAGCAGAUGGUCAAGGAGUACCGGGAAAAGGUGGAGAAGGAGCUGGAAGACAUUUGCAACAAUGUUUUGAAACUGCUGGAUAAUUAUUUAAUCACCAACUCCAAAAACCCAGAGAGCAAAGUCUUCUAUCUAAAGAUGAAGGGAGACUACUACAGAUACCUGGCAGAAGUUGCCUCUGGAGACAACAAAUCGAAAACUAUUGAAAACUCACAGCAAGCGUACCAGUCUGCGUUUGACAUCAGCAAGACUGAGAUGGAGCCCACACACCCCAUCCGCCUGGGACUGGCCCUCAACUUCUCAGUCUUCUUCUACGAGAUCCUGAACUCCCCAGAUAAGGCCUGCGAGCUGGCCAAGAAGGCGUUUGACGACGCGAUUGCAGAGCUGGACCAGCUUCAUGAAGAGUCCUACAAGGACAGCACCCUCAUCAUGCAGCUGCUCAGAGACAACCUGACACUAUGGACAUCGGAUAACGCUCCUGAGGAGGGCAACGCCGGAGAAGGAGAAGCCGGCGAGACGGAGAACUAGAGCAUGCAUGCCCCAACUGUUGGGAAAACGACAGAAAUGAUUUUAAAAAAAAAUUACGAAUAAAUCAACUUUCCUCGUUGUAUGCUUCAUAACACUCCACUGCUACAUUCCAUUGCUGAAAAAUGAUCUUAAACAACCAAAAUAAAGUCUUUCAACAGAUCA